AUGGCGGACCCGCCUCUCAAUGCAGCUGAACAGGCUGAGUUGCGACGACGCUUUCCUCGUGCAGGUUGGUGGCUCGGCAUGCCCGGAGUUCCUGCUCCUUCAGACAUACGUGCUUUCGAUGCGAAUCAACAAGAUCUUGGGCGACACUACGUCAUUCCAGAGUCUCCUGCGCAACAGAUGCCGCCAUAUUUUGCCCCACCACCCUAUCCGCCACCUCCCUAUCUGCCGCCGCACUACAAUCCUCCACCGUAUGCUGCACCUGGCGCUAUGCAUUUCGCUCCUCCACCAAUGUAUCAGCUCGCCCCUCAGAUGUACAUGCAUCCUCCGCCACCUCCUGAACUGCCUCCUCAUGUUCUUGCACAACCAGUCACUCGUCAAAUCUCAUUGAACAUAGAUGUGUCCAUACCACUCAAUACCGGUGUUGUUGGGGGGACAGUCAGUCGUAUCGAGCUCAAAUUGCCGACAGACCUCCCCUUCAUCGACUUUUUCUCACGAGUAUGCGCAAGGAUGGACCUUGACCCCACACAUGCCGAACUCGGCUACAAGUUCCAUACCGACAAGCGGUGUGAGGCUCCGCACCAACUUGCCAACGAGGAGCAACUUCGGGGUGCGAUGGCUUGCGGCAUAGGUCUUAUUCAGCGGGCACGCUCAAGGCAGAUCAUUUUGGAGAUUCACAACCUGAAACCUGCUCAUGAGGCAGCAGUGGGAAACUCCCGCAAGCGAAAGGCUGAUGAUAUCGAAAACCCGAUAAACCCAGAGCUUCAGACAACAGUGUCCUUCACCAAGGAGCUUCGUCAGUUGAAGGGUCGCUUGUCAUGUGCGGCUCAUCCAGGUCGAUGGUGUUUCAUUAGCCCGAUCAACAGCGAGCACAAAUUUCUCGACAUCUUUGCCAUUACACUGUGGGCCAAACAGAUGCUUCUCGGUGAUGCCACGCUGCAGAACCCGCCAGAGUCAGUAUUCUUUGAUCACACCCGCAAGAAACCCCGUCUUUCCCGCAACUCUGUGGCUUCCGCAUCAACCCCGAACGUCAAUGUUGUCGUUACGAACAACAUCCCUCCUCUCGGUGACCAGAUGGGACAGCGGCGGGUGAAUACACCCAGUUCAUCCCAGUGCAUUGACCUCACAGUGGAGUGUGACGACGAGACUAUUAGUUAUCCUUCUGUUAUUGUCCUUCUUGCUGACAUGCUUUUAAUCUUUCCCGACUAUGAUCUUCUGCAGUAUCACUCCGCACUCACCAAUUCCGGUGUCAUUGAUAUCAAAGACUUCCAGGACACAGAUGACAGCUCUCUCCUCGCUGCUGGUCUCCCCGCUGAUGUCAUCGACACGUUGAGGGACCACGCCGCUGUCCUGAUACACCAGCAGGUAAAGGGGAAGAGCAUCAUGCAGAACUAA